AGCAGCUACAGAAGCAGCAGCCACAGCAGCAGAAGCAGCCUGGGUUGCGGCGGCAGUGGCAGCACCAGCGGCAGCGCUGACACAUCCCACCAUGGACAGCUUCGACUUAGCCCUGCUUCAGGAAUGGGACUUGGAGUCUCUGUGUGUCUAUGAACCAGACAGAAAUGUGUUACGGAGGAAAGAACGGGAAAGGAGGAAUCAGGAAACUCAGCAGGAUGAUGGUGCAUUUAGUACAAGUUACUCCCUCUUCAGUGAACCUUACAAGACUAACAAGGGGGAUGAGCUCUCAAAUCGAAUCCAGAAUACCUUAGGCAGUUAUGAUGAAAUGAAAGACUUCUUGACUGACCGAUCCAAUCAGAGUCACCUUGUUGGAGUUCCCAAACCUGGGGUUCCACAGACCCCUAUGAACAAAAUAGAUGAGCAUUUCAUUGCUGACUCAAGACCGCAGCCUCAGCCUCCUAUCUGCAGCACAUCAUCUUCCACACCAGCAGCUGUACCUGUGCAGCAGAGCAAGAGGGUCACCAUGGGCUGGCAGAAAGUUGGCCAUCCUACAUCUGAUGGCCAGCAGAGGGCAAGCAAACAUGGGCAUAGGUUGCUUGAUUCACACAAUAGUGACUUCAAAUCUGCUAACCAAAAAACCAGUAAUGAGAAACCUAAACACUGUGUCUCAAGCCCCACAUCUUCCUCCUCUUCUUCUUCUUCUUCCUCCUCCAACUCAGCACAACCAGGACCUCCAAGGACCAUGCUUGGAGACAGUGUCAGCAGGCAGCAGUCACGGUCCAAACAAAGCUGCAGUGUGGAAAUGGGUCUUCAACCUCAAGAAAGGACAUCUACCAUGUCUGCCAAACACAGCAGCGGUGGGCACUGUGUUCAGAACUUCCCUCCUUCUCUUGCUUCAAAACCAAGUCUAAUCCAGCAGAAACCAACUGCUUAUGUUCGGCCGAUGGAUGGCCAAGACCAGGCCCCUGAUGAAUCUCCUAAACUCAAGUCUUCAACAGACACUAGUGUACAUUGUGUGCCCUACCGCGGAGUACCUGCAAAUAAAGCUGAAUCAUCCAGGACCAAGGCCAAGCUAGCAAAAUUUAGCAUUCCCAAACAGGGAGAGGACAGUGGAUCAGGCGAUAACAGCUGUGUUGAAGAAAUAUUACGGGAGAUGACCCAUUCCUGGCCUCCACCUCUUUCUGCUAUUCAUACACCUGGUAAAUUAGAACCAAGCAAGUUUUCAUUUCCAAAUAAGGAUUCUCAGCAUGUAUCCACUGGACACAACAAUCCAAAGAAAGGUGAUGCUGAGCCAAAGAGUCCGGACAAUGGUACAUCAAAUACUUCAAUGCUAGAAGAUGACCUAAAGUUAAGUAGUGACGAAGAAGAAAAUGAGCAGCAGGCCGCACAGAGAUCUGCUCUCCGCGUUCUGUCUGACAGCGCGGUGGUUCAGCAGCAGGCCAAUAGCAGACCCUCGGGCCCCUCCAGCAAGGGGUCGAGCAGCGGCAGCUCCAGCAGCAGCAGCAGCAGCUCCAGCGACUCGGAAAGCAGCUCUGGCUCGGACUCGGAGAGCGAAAGCAGCUCCAGUGGGAGUGAAGGCAGCAAGCCUUCUCACUACUCCAGCCCAGAGCCAGAACAAGCUUCUUCCAACAAGUGGCAGCUGGAUAAAUGGCUCAACAAAGUGAAUCCCCAUAAGCCUCCGCUCCUGAACCAAAAUGAGAGCCACGGGUCAGAGGGCAGCCAGUACUACAACCGGGGAAAGGACGAAGUGCAGGAGUGUGGGAAAUUAACCACCCUCUGCCAGACAGGCCUCAGAGAGAAAGAGAUCAAGGGCGCCUGCAAAGAGGAGCAGAGGCCUAGGACUGCUAACAAAGCCCCUGGGACUAAAGGGGUGAAGCAGAAGUCGCCUCCCGCCACUGCGCCUGCGCCUCCCGCAGCCGCAGCCGCCCCCACAGCGCCCCCUGCCGCCCCUGCCGCUGUCCCCGCCGCUCUGAGCUCAGGGCCCGUGGGGGCCGCCCCAGUUGCUGCGGAGGGCGCAGGCGCGCCGCCCCCGCCCCGGAGGUCGGCCUGCAAGAAGCCCCCGAAGAGGACGACGACGACGACGACGACGACGACUACGACGGCGACCACGGAGAGGGCCUCGGCGAGCGAGGGCGCCAACUGCCACCGGCCUGCGGCCGAGGAGCUGGCGGCCAGCGAGGUGCUCGUGGAGAGCCCCGCCCCCGAACCCCCCAAGCCCAGGUCGUGUGGCGGCGGCGCCAGGACGGGCCACCGGAAAGAGCUGCGCUCGUGCUCGGCCGCGGCGGCGGCUGCGGCCUGCGAGAAGCGACGCACUCGGGGCCUGAGCAAGACUGCCCCCAAGUCCAAGGAGUUCAUCGAAACCGAAUCGUCGUCCUCGUCGUCGUCCUCGUCGUCCUCGUCCGACUCGGAGCCGGAAUCGGAGCAGGAGGACUAUCCGGGCCCCAAACCCCCGGCGGGGGGCCCGGCGCCCUCGUCGGCCUCGGCCUCGGCGGGGGGCGACCAGCGGCUCCGGGACGGCGGCCCCGGGAACGGCGGCAACAACAACGGCAACAAGGCCGUGGGCUCCAUCAACGCCAGGACCUCGAGCGACGCCGCAAAGGAGCUCGAGGAGCAGUUCUACACCCUGGUGCCCUUCGGCCGCAACGAGCUGCUCUCCCCGCUCAAGGACAGCGACGAGGUCAAGGCCCUUUGGGUCAAAAUCGAUCUGGCCCUCUUGUCCAGGAUCCCAGAGCCCUCGCCCCCCCAGGAGGCCGCCCUGGCCGCCCCCGGGGCCAAAGAGACAGACCCCGGCCUGCAGAAUCCGGCCCCGGACCUGCCCACCGCCGAGAAGGGGUUGCCGAAAUCUAAGCGGAAACGCAAGUGUGAAAAUGAGGAGGAAUUUAGAGAGAUCAAGAAGACUCAGGGAGAGAAAGAGUGUUCUUCACGACUGACUGCAUUGGCCAGCAGUACUUCAUCAACAAGCCAUUGCCAUUUGAACACCAAUAGCUUGGCAAUACCAAUAAAUAAAAAUGAGAAAAUGCUUCGGUCACCCAUUUCACCCCUCUCAGAUGUGUCAAAACACAAAUACUCCAGUGAUGAUUUAACUUCUUCCAGUAGACCUAAUGGCAGCAGUCUGUUCACUUCCAUCUCCUCCAGCAAAAAACAUAAGACGGAGAAUCAGUUGCAGCCCCAUGCUGGAGACCUUGCUAAAACAGUGCACAACAGCUCAGAAAACAUUCUCUUCUGUAAUAAACCACGACCCCAGACAGAACCAUGGUCACCAUUAUCCAAUGGGCACAGAGACUGCAGGAGACAAAAGCUCAUCUUUGAUGAUAUGCCACGCAGUGCGGAUUAUUUUAUGCAAGAAGCCAAACGGAUGAAACAUAAAGCAGAUGCUAUGGUGGAAAAAUUUGGAAAAGCUUUGAAUUAUGCUGAAGCAGCCUUGUCAUUUAUUGAGUGUGGAAAUGCAAUGGAGCAAGGCCCAAUGGAAUCUAAAUCUCCCUAUACAAUGUACUCAGAAACAGUGGAACUCAUCAGGUAUGCUAUGAGACUAAAAACUCACUCAGGUCCAAAUGCCACUCCAGAGGACAAACAAUUAGCUGCAUUGUGUUACCGCUGUCUGGCUCUCCUGUAUUGGCGGAUGUUUCGACUCAAAAGGGACCAUGCUGUAAAGUAUUCGAAAGCACUUAUUGACUAUUUCAAGAAUUCAUCUAAAGCUGCCCAGGCCCCAUCUCCAUGGGGUGCCAGUGGAAAGAGCACAGGAACUCCAUCCCCCAUGUCUCCCAACCCUUCUCCAGUCAGCUCGGUGGGAUCUCAGGGGAGUCUCUCAAGCACUAGCACCCCUUCGCCAUCAUCCAUAAUUAGCAUUCCACAUAGGAUCCAUCAGAUGGCAGCCAACCAUGUCAGCAUCACCAACAGCAUUCUACACAGCUAUGACUACUGGGAGAUGGCAGACAACCUCGCCAAGGAGAAUAGAGAGUUCUUUAAUGAUCUGGAUUUGCUGAUGGGGCCUGUCACCCUGCAUAGCAGUAUGGAACACCUAGUUCAGUACUCCCAGCAAGGACUGCAUUGGCUGCGAAAUAGUGUUCACUCAUCAUAGUGAUUGCGUGCCAUUUAGCCAGACUGUGUAAUAAUCUCCCAUGGACUGUUCAAUUAUUCUGGACACUGUGCUACCGAAAUUCUCAGUCACAGCAUUUAUCCAAAUGAAGGUGAAUAUUUCUUCAGCAUCGAACAAUGAUAUUUUUCUAGGGCGUGUGUGUGUGUGUGUGUGUGUGUGUGUAUUUGUAAGUGUGGGUAUGUCUGAGGUUGUCUGUGUAUAUUUGUAAAAUAUAUGCAGCUCUUCAGAAUUCAUCUUCUCCUGUAGUCCCCAUAACCUUAGGAUAGACAGAAGUGAUCAGAGGUGUCAGAUUAGGGAAAAUGCACACAUACAUUCAUACAUACAUACAUACACACACACACAAACACACACACCCCAUUUGCUUUCUAUUUCAAUAUUAUACCUUGGAUUCUUAGAAAAUUCAGCCAAAAUCUCAUGGGUUAGUUAAUCAAGUGCAAUAAAGCACAUUGAAAGCUUGACUGCCAGUUUAGAUGCUCCUAGAACAUACGUUAUUGAUCUUUUUCUCAGUCUUAAUGUACUAUCUUCCCCCUACUUGCAGAUUGGUGUGAGUUGAUGAGUAAUUGAAAAACAGAGUUGAAUAUGUUGUUUUUUGUGCAGGAAGUUUCAGUGGAUUUCAUGUUACCUUAAUUAUUGCUCUUUUCUAUUAUAACUUUACCUGUCUUUCAGCCUUAUUAUCACCUAAAAAAUACAACAGUAAGCAAAAGAGAUUUUUUCCUAAUUACCUUCCUCUUCCUUCCCCUGCCCCCCCCCCCAAUUAGAGUGGUAGUAAUGGCACUGAAAUGAACAAAAGAAAAAAUCUAACGGCUUGGAACCUAAAUGGAUAUUAAAAACAUGUAGCAAGGCUUUGCAGCUGAAAAGCAGAAUUCACUUACACAGGUGACAUCAGACACACAUAUACAUACAUUUUCAGUUCUCUGUCUCUUUUGUAAUGGCCAUAUGGAGCAAUGUCUUAUCUAACUGCCAGAAAUUUUAAAAGUCUUUUCCAUGAUAGCUUUCUUGCAAAUGUAGGCCAAAUCGAGACAUAACCUAGACUGUCUCCUUACCAAAAGUCUGGGUUUGCUGCUUAUCAUGCUAAGAACCAUUACUAUAAUAAUUCCAUAUAAUCCUCUCACUCUUCUUGCAUAAUCCACUAGUGCAAGGCUUUAAUAUUUCUUGAUUUGGGAAACAUUUCCAGUCACUGUUGACAAGCUGCCUUUUAUUGAGGAGAGGGCUGAAGGGUGGUGUUAAUCCUGCAACAAAAACGGUUUUGUUGGGGUCAACAGAGAUCAAUGCCUAUUUGUAUCAUCUGUAGUAAGUCAUAUGCAUACUUCCCUUUGCCAUCAGUACAUUUCUGUUUAUUAUUAGCUUUAUGUUCACUCUUUUGACAUCUUUUAUUAUUUUCAGUUUUCAUUGGAAAUACAGCCUUAAUCAGAUUUUGUCACUUCUAAUUUGAGCUUUGGAGUUGAGAAAAUGUCCCAGGAAAAAAAAACCUUUGGGUCAUAAAAAAUAGCCAUAUCUUUCCAAAGCCUAACAUGUCCAAACUCUGUGUAUGUGUGUGUUUAUACAUGUGUGUAUAUUUUAUAUCUGUGUAAUGCAUCCUACUGAUAGCACCAUUGCAUACAUAUCAGUUCACCCUAAAGAAGGGAUAUGAUACAGUAUGUUGCUUAAACUAUUUCAAGGCAGUAGAGCUAAAAGGGAUUUAGAAGAGAUGCUGAUGUACACCCAGCCUCUAGGUACUGAUGUUCUCAUUCCUUUGGUUGUGGCAUGUUUCACAUUCGUCAGCCUGAUAUUUAGUUGGAAGGUCAAGUCCACCAAAAUUUCUUAGCUCUCUUUACUCGUUUCAAGUUGUGUAAAUGUUAGAGCCAUUUUGGUGAUGAUUUUGAAGUUAAUUUGGAAGUUUAUGCCUCAGUGAGUGAGGGGCUUACCAAACUUUUCUUGGGCUUUUGUCUCAGUGUGUUUGGGUUAUAUUAACUCAGUAUUAUUUUUUUCAAUAUUCAUUUCACCUUGUGUGCUGCAUAGAUUUUCAUAGGUACUUCUGACCUAUUGGCACAUCUCUACAAUUCUGUCCUCUUUUGGAAACUUUAGUUGCAUAUGUAGAAUUUAGAGUCAUACAUUUUUUUUUAAUCCUUAUGAACUCUGAAGAAAGGUUAGACCUCUCUCAUACAUCCAUAGAGAUGCUUUGCAGCACUCUUCUAUGAUGCUGUAACAUAGUUUGCGUCACAAGUAUCUCUGCUAAGUCUUUUUUAAGUUAUGUACGUUUUUUGUUUUUUGUUUUGUUUCUGGUAAAUCCCCGAUCUAAUCAUGAAACUGAAUUAAAUGAGGGAGUAUACUUAGACUAAUUAUGUUAACAACGUUUUGGUUGGUGACUUGGCAAUCAUUAUUUCAAACAAGGCUUUUAGCAGUGGGUCAUUUUGGUGAUGAUUAGAGUAGAUGAUUAUAUCACAGGUGUUUGUUUCCUCUGCCCUAAAUGGUGAGGCAAUAGCAUCUGUUUCAUUUGGAAACAGAAGAACUGUGACAGAAGAAAAUUUUAGUGACUGGUCUUCUCUUGAUUGCUGUUUAUAAAAGUCAUUCCUAUCCUAUCCUUUUUCAUUCUUUUAAUAUUCUAUAUAUCUUUGCAUUUGACCUCUUUUUAAUUUUGAAGACAAAUUCUGUUCUCAGGAACCAAAUAUGGGCUUGAUUGAGGUCAAGCCCUCUACAACUUUACUAGGAGCUUGUCCUUAAUCACGAUGACAGAAUUACCUUCAAAUGGGAGUAAUCCAAAUAUAUCCCAUGCCAAAAUCUGGCAUUUGUUAUACAUUCCUUAAGAAAUAUUUUGAUUAGAUAUGCCUUCGCAAAUCAGACUUGUGUAGAAUUAUGCAAAGAGAGAGAGAUUUGGUUAAAAAAAUACUUCUUAAUAUUGUAGAUAGGAACUCAGUCCCACAAAAUGAAGAAGAUGGAAUAAUAAGUUGAAGUGCUUUCAAAUUGUUUACCACAUUUAAGCACAUGAAAUGCAAUACAAGGAAACUUUCUGCACUAAAAAUCAAUUAUCAUAUUUAUAACAAUUAUAUAUGCAUUGCAUCAUGAUGUGUACGUUUCUGGCACUCCAUACAUAAUAUACAGUUUGUAUAAAUGAAUACAUUUAAAUAUAAUGUAUACAAUACAGCUAAACCAUAAAAAUAUAGUCAGCCUGAAGGAUAUUACUAGUGCCUAAAUAUUGAGUACAUGUCACUGGAUGUUCAUUUCACCUUGGAAGUGCAGUAAUUGUUACAAAAUUAAUUAGUGCAGCUAAUCAUAAAUUAAGAUUACAUCUUUGAAACUGUGCAGUAGUAUUUAUGUAUAAUAUAUAUGAAGUAUAUAUACACAUGUAUACAUGUAUAUUUUUAAAUAACAUUUUUCCACAGUUUUCACAGUUUUUCCAGAGCUACUGUUAAAAAAAAAAUCUAUAUUACACAAAAAAAGCAGAAUUUUUUUUUCCUAAGGAAGUAGACACUCUGCACACCCAGUUAACAUUGUGGUUUAUCUGUUUCUAGAUACCCAAGAGACUUUAGCAGUCACCAGCCUUAAUGCAUGUACAGAAUAUUCUUGUGAUUUAUCUGUGUUUUUUUUUAAUCCUCAUGAAAUUGGAAUUUAUAAACAUGUCUGCCUUUCUGAGGUUGCAGAUGUUACAUUAAGUGGUUUAUGCUGUAAAAUGGGAGAAGUUGAAUUGUAAGUAAAGAAUAUCAACUGAAUUCCAUAAAUUUUUAUAAGAAAAAUUCAAAAUUGAAAUGUUUUUCAAAUCAGUAUCUUUCAUUCAUGAAGCAUCCUUUUUACGCAUAGUUUUAUUGAAUACCCACUAGAUAAUUAGCAUAAUAUGCCUAAUUCUUGAUGCAAAGAUAUAUAUUCUCUUCAUGAAUUCUACCGUUCCUUCCUUAUGCUGCCCCUCCAAGCCUUCUACAGGCCCUCUAUACAUACGCACACACGUACAUAUACACACACGCCUAAUUCACCAGAGAACUGUCCAAAAGAAACAAAAGGCCUCAAAAAUGCAUGUUUACACAUGUAUUUUUGAGUCUAACUGAUAUAUAUUGAUUUAUUCCUGAAGUACUAGCUCGUUAUCUCGCGUCAGUGCCGAAAUGAGGUGUCUGAGCUCAUCUUAAGCUGAAGGAGCAAAUGACUUGACUUGCAGUGUGCCAUUUUCCAACUCCUGACACCAUUAUACUUUUGCUAGCCUUUUAAAAAAAAAAUUUAAUGUGAACUUUUAAUGGAAGAAAAUGCAGGUAUUAGAACAGUGACUUGGCAUGCUAUGUCCUCCUGUGUAGGAAAAAGAACUUUAAAAAAAUUACAUCUUAAGGCUCUCCCUUCAGAAACCUCUCUUUCUACCUUUGUCCAUUUCAACAAAGUUAUUUCAAGCCCUUUCACUUUUUGUCCUGCCAUACUUCUUUGAGCUAUUCUCAAAUAUCUGGCCAAAAAGUAGCAAUGGGUGACUUUCAGAGGUUACAUUCAGCUAGUCAGAUGGGUUCAGUUAAUCCCUCAGCAGGGCCCUGGGCACAAUGACCAUGAAGGACUGGGUCAUUCUCCGAAAAAAGAGGGAGAGAAUACUUUGCAUUCCUUUCACUAGAGAUCUUCCAAUGAGGAGGUAUCCUUCGGAGAUAAUGUGUCCUUUGGACAGUGGUGUUUCCCACCUUGGAUUAAACUUGAAUGAGGGCUAAACUCCAACAGAAUCACUUUCUGUUUUGCAGCGCUUCCAUUUUAACUGAAACUUGGAACCAGUGGAGAUUCACAAAAUAUAAAAAGAAAAGUGAAAACCAAUAAUAAAUAAAACUGAAUUUCAAA